GGGUGUACAAACGUGCAAACUUCACAACAGAUAACAUACCUCCGCCACUGCGUGAUCAUCAUUAUCUGAAGUUAUAAUAAUACAUUUCCCGGACAGAAUUUUCACAGCUACAGGCAAGUAUAAUGGCCCAGACCGACAUGGAUUCCGGGGAGGAUGGAGGCGGCGGCAGGGAGCCCGAGGUGAUCGCUAAAGUCAGUGUCUUGGGAGGUUUUACCGAGGGCGCUGAGAUUCGAGCCCUGAUCUCCAGCUUACCAGUGGUUCACGAGAACAUCGUGACACUGGAGUCAGCCAUAGAGAGGUUUCUCGUGAUAAUGGACCGUUAUCAGGAGCAGCCCCAUCUUCUGGAUCCACAUCUGGAGUGGAUGUUGAACCUGCUGUUGGAGCUCAUCAGGAGUGAACAGUCUCCUCCUCUACUGGUACACCUGGGCUUCAAAUUCCUCUACAUCAUCUCCAAGGUGAGAGGGUAUAAGAUCUUCAUGCAGCUCUUCCCCCAUGAGGUGGCUGAUGUCCAGCCAGUCCUGGACCUCCUGUGUCGACAGGACCCCAGAGACCCAGAGACCUGGGAGACCCGCUACAUGCUGCUGCUGUGGCUAUCUAUGACCUGUCUGAUACCCUUUGACCUCUCCCGUCUUGACGGUCACCUGUCCUCUGACCCCAGCCAGACAAGAGAGCCAAUCAUGGACCGCAUCCUGGCCGUCGCCAAGUCUUACCUGAUGGUCACUGAUAAGUCCAGGGAUGCUGCAUCUGUGUUGGUAUCAAAGUUUGUGACACGUCCUGACGUGAAGCUGAAGCGACUAGGAGACUUCCUGGACUGGAGUCUGACCACCAUCUCUCAGGCCAGUGACCAGACCGUGGGAGGUACUGUAAUCCUGGACGGGGCCCUGCAGUCUCUGGCCCAGCUAUUCAAGCAUGGCAAGAGAGAUGACUUUCUCCAGUACGCUCCGGUGGUGCUGCAGUGUCUGGACCAGUGUCAUGUGGCAGAGAGCAGCCAGGCUAUGCUGAGGAAGCUGGGGGUCAAGCUGAUACAGAGACUGGGUCUGACCUUCCUCAAGCCCCGACUGGCCAAGUGGAGGUACCAGAGAGGGAGUCGCUCCCUGGCAGCCAACCUGUCUCUGUCCCAGUCUGGCUCCACAGUAGAGGCUGUUAGCCCAGACAUGGAGACCCAGAGCCAGGAGGAGGACUAUGAUAUCCCAGAGGAGGUGGAGAACGUCAUCGAGCAACUGCUGGGUGGGCUGAAAGACAAGGAGACCAUCGUGCGCUGGUCUGCUGCUAAGGGUAUUGGGAGGGUGACAGGGAGACUCCCCAAGGAGCUGGCUGACGAGGUGGUUGGAUCAGUGUUGGAGUGUUUCAGUUUCCAGGAGACAGACAACGCGUGGCAUGGAGGCUGCUUGGCCCUGGCAGAGCUGGGGAGAAGAGGCCUGCUGGUGCCCUCUCGUCUCCCGGACGUGGUGCCUCUGAUCCUGAAGGCCUUGGUCUAUGAUGAGAAGAGAGGAGCGUGUAGCGUUGGUUCUAACGUACGAGACGCAGCCUGCUACGUCUGCUGGGCCUUUGCCAGGGCCUACGAACCCACCGAGCUGAAGCCCUUCGUCACUCAGAUCGCCUGUGCUCUGGUGAUCACUGCUGUGUUUGACCGAAACAUCAACUGUCGUAGAGCUGCAUCAGCUGCCUUCCAGGAGAAUGUGGGAAGACAGGGCACGUUCCCCUACGGUAUCGACAUCGUAGUAGCAGCUGACUACUUUGCUGUUGGGAACCUGACCAAGUGUUACCUGUCCAUCAGUGUUUACAUCGCCAGUUUCCCAGAAUACACCAGGCCCAUGAUAGACCACUUGGUAGCCAUGAAGAUCAACCACUGGGACGGGGUGAUUCGACAGCUAGCGACAAAGGCUUUGCAUAAUCUGACGCCUCAAGCACCUGAUUAUAUGGCCACAACAGUUAUGCCUCAGCUGUUGCCCAUAGCGCUGGGCAUUGAUCUACACAGUCGCCAUGGCGCCAUUCUGGCAUCUGCCGAGAUCAGCCACGCCCUCUACAAGCUGGCCAAUCAGAACAACAGACCGGUGACGGAGCUCAUCUCUUCAGACUGUGUGGAUGGACUCAAGAGCAUUCACCAGAGGCUAUUUGACAGAAAGCAGUACAGGUCAGCACUGUUAUUUUACACAUUUUACUCAUUCUUU